GUCAUCCCCCGGGUUCACGUUUAGGUUUUUGCCCAAUCUGAUUCAAAAUAACAAACUCAUCAGGCCGUCAUUGUAAAUAAUAAUUUGUUUUCUUAACUGACUUGCCUAGUUAACAACAAAAAAUCACCAGGCUUUGAUUUAUUUAAUGUAACGCCAGGGCAAAAACCUGCAGCUAGCGGGCGGGGGACCCAGGACCGAGUUUGGGGAAACCCUGACAUAAGUGAGGAAGAGGAUGGUGAGCAGCCAGCCGAAGUAUGAGCUGAUCCAGGAGGUAGGACGUGGCAGCUACGGCGUGGUGUACGAGGCGCUGGUGAAACGCACCGGGGCCCGGAUGGCCGUGAAGAAGAUCCGCUGCCACAGCCCAGAGAAUGUAGAGCUGGCCCUCAGGGAAUUCUGGGCCCUGAGCAGUAUCCAGAGCCAGCACCCCAACGUCAUCCACCUGGAGGAGUGUGUCCUGCAGAGAGAUGACCUGGCUCAGAGGAUGAGCCACGGGUCCAGCUCCCCACUGUACCUAGAGCUGGUGGAGACAUCUCUGAAGGGAGAGAUAACCUUCGACCCGUGCUGUGCCUACUAUCUGUGGUUCGUCAUGGACUUCUGUGACGGAGGAGAUAUGAACGCUUACUUGCUGUCCCGUAAACCCAGCCGCAAGACCAACACCAGCUUCAUGCUGCAGUUAGGAAGUGCCCUGGCCUUCCUGCACCGAAACCAGAUCAUCCACCGAGAUCUGAAGCCUGACAACAUCCUCAUCUCCCAGGGAAGGACCUUUGCGGGAACCCCCGAGCCCACACUGAAGGUGGCAGACUUCGGGCUGUCAAAGGUCUGCUCCACUUCGGGCCUCAACCCUGAGGAACCAGCCUCCGUCAACAAGUGUUUCCUCUCCACAGCGUGCGGCACGGACUUCUACAUGGCUCCAGAGGUGUGGGAGGGCCACUACACGGCUAAAGCAGACAUCUUUGCCCUGGGUAUCAUCAUCUGGGCCAUGGUGGAGCGGAUCACGUUCGUUGACGUGGAAACCCAGAAGGAGCUCCUGGGAAGCUACGUGCAGCAGGGGGAGGAGAUCGUGCCCCUUGGGGAGGCGCUCCUGGAGAACCCCAAGAUGGAGCUGCUGAUCCCGGCCAGGAUGAAGAGCAUGAACGCGGGCAUGAAACAGCUGAUCCGGGAGAUGCUGUCGUUCAACCCUCAGGAGAGACCUGACGCCUUUGAACUGGAGCUCCGACUGGUCAGGAUCGCCUGCAGGGAGCUCGACUGGGACACGUGAUAAUUGAUGUGGAUAGGAGGAGAGCGGACCAUGGGACUAGUAGUCACAACAUCAAGCACUUGUAUCUAGUCCUAAUUCACCACUGUUAGCUCUGGUGGUUGAGGCCACACAAUGGGAGGCUUUAAAAAAUAAAAAAUAAA